CGCUAACACAGUUCUUACACACGGGAGGACCAACAAAGUAAAGGCCACUGUUGGACUGAGAGCUGUACAGGUUGUUCUCCAGGGAGAUGGCAGGAAAGAUUACCAAAGAGGAGCAGGAAGAGCUGCGGGAGGCCUUUGAGAAAGUGGAUCUCAACGGUAAUGGCUACAUCAGUUAUGAUGAGCUACACGACUUGUUCAAAGAGGCCAACCUGCCGUUGCCGGGAUACAAAGUGCGGGAGAUCAUUCAGAAGCUGAUGGUAGAGGGCGACCGUAACAAGGACAACAAACUGAGUUUUGACGAGUUUGUGUCUAUCUUCCAGGAGCUGAAGAGCAGUGACAUCGCUAAGAGCUUCCGGAAAGCCAUUAACAGGAAGGAAGGAAUCUUGGCUAUCGGCGGAACGUCUGAGCUGUCCAGUGAGGGAACACAGCAUUCCUACUCAGAGGAGGAGAGGUACGCUUUUGUAAACUGGAUCAACACGGCCCUGGAGAACGACCCCGACUGUAAACAUGUGCUUCCCAUGGAUCCCAACACAGACGCGCUCUUCAAAGCCGUGGGAGACGGCAUUGUGCUGUGUAAAAUGAUUAAUCUGUCCGUGCCGGAUACGAUUGAUGAGCGAACGAUAAACAAGAAGAAACUGACGCCGUUCACGACACAGGAAAAUCUCAACCUGGCUCUGAACUCAGCUUCUGCCAUUGGCUGUCACGUGGUGAACAUCGGUGCCCUUGACCUGCGGGAAGGGAAACCCCAUCUGGUCCUGGGCCUGCUGUGGCAGAUCAUUAAAAUUGGCCUGUUCGCCGACAUCGAGCUGAGCAGAAACGAGGCCCUCGCUGCAUUGCUGCGUGAUGGGGAGACUCUGGAGGACCUGAUGAAACUGUCCCCAGAGGAGCUGCUUCUGCGCUGGGCUAACUUCCACCUGGAGAACGCCGGCUGGAACAAGAUCAACAACUUCAGCUCUGACAUUAAGCUAACCGACUUCUCAAACUCUGUCAAGGACUCCAGGGCUUAUUUCCACCUGCUCAAUCAGAUCGCACCCAAAGGCAUUAAAGAGGACGAGCCAUGCAUAGACAUCGACAUGAGAGGUUUCAACGAGAAGGACGACCUGAAGCGGGCAGAGUGCAUGCUACAGCAGGCAGACAGGCUUAGCUGCAGACAGUUUGUCACUCCGGCCGAUGUUGUGUCCGGCAAUCCAAAACUGAACCUGGCCUUCGUCGCCAACCUGUUUAACAAGUACCCGGCGCUGACCAAACCCGAGAACCAGGACAUCGACUGGGGCCGGCUGGAGGGUGAAACCAGGGAAGAGAGAACAUUCCGGAACUGGAUGAAUUCCCUGGGCGUGAACCCCCAUGUCAACCACCUCUACGGUGAUCUACAGGAUGCUCUGGUCAUUCUCCAGCUGUAUGAGAAGAUUAAAGUUCCUGUUGACUGGAAUAACAAAGUGAACAAGCCUCCCUACCCUAAGAUUGGGACCAAUAUGAAAAAGCUGGAGAACUGUAACUAUGCAGUGGAACUGGGGAAGACUGAGGCCAAGUUCUCUCUGGUGGGGAUCGGCGGUCAGGACCUGAAUGAUGGAAACCCCACACUCACUCUGGCUCUGGUGUGGCAGCUGAUGAGGAGAUACACACUGAAUGUUCUAGAAGACCUGGGUGACGGAGAGAAAGUGAAUGAUGACAUCAUUGUCAACUGGGUCAACAAGACUUUGGCAGAGGCAGGAAAAUCCACCAAAAUAUCAAGCUUCAAGGACAAAGAGAUCAGCUCCAGUUUGCCUGUCCUGGACCUGAUCGAUGCCAUCCAGCCUGGCAGCAUCAGCUACGACCUGGUGAAGACUGGCAGCCUCUCUGACGAAGACAAGCUGGACAAUGCCAAGUACGCUGUAUCCAUGGCCAGGAAAAUCGGCGCCCGAGUCUACGCCCUCCCAGACGACCUGGUGGAGGUGAAGCCCAAAAUGGUGAUGACGGUGUUUGCCUGCCUUAUGGGGCGGGGGAUGAAGAGAGCGUAAAUGUGCCCCCUCCCCACGGGGCUCCACAGGGUCUGCUCCAUAAGCCAUUUUGCUGGUUAAAAAGGCUUCUGGCUCAUCGAAUUUGACACGGCCAUAAAUAAACAUAGAUGUAAUGCCAACAGAUGUUAAAAAAUCGUGUUUUAAGUUUGGCAAGUGAAGAAUAGUGUA